AGUUCCGCCGCUGAUCCCGGCAGCACAAAGGCGCGAGUCCGCCUCCAGCCGCAUCUCCAUCCGGGUAGCUGUGGAGGGGAAGCUCGGAUACUUCCCAUCCAGGCUCUGGAGCUCCUCGGAGCAUGGGGCCAGUUGCCCCAGAGGCAGACACGCGGAGUUCCCUUCUGGGGAUCGCCGAUGCGCGAACGCUUCAGGCUUCGGGGAGCAAUAAUCUCGAUGCAGCCCCGUCAGAAGACGCGCAGCGACAACGACGUUUCGUAAUCAAAGGUGGACUUUUUCUUGCUGCGGUUGCUACUGCAGGAAUGCUAGCAGGUUUUGGUAUGACACUUGCCAUGACAAGGAAGAAAAGCCCCAAUUGGUUCAAUAAGGGUGUAAUUGCCACAGCAGCUUUGCCAGAAAGUGGCUCCUCCCUUGCGUUACGGGCCCUUGGAUGGGGUUCACUCUAUGCCUGGAGCGGAGUUGCAUUGAUCAGUUUUGCUGUCUGGAAGGCUUUGGGAGUUCAUAAUAUGAAUGAAUUUCGGAACAAAAUGCAAUCAUUAUUUCCAUCAGUUCCAAAAACCGCAGUAAAUUCUGUUGAAUGGGAGGAUAUUUGGAAAUCCAAGUGAACGUCAUAUGGAGGAAUUUGUACUAAGCCUUACAAAACUACAGACGAAUGAAAAUAUACCUAUUCAUAAUGGUAUGCACUCAGUAGAAUCAACACACUCCCCCUUAGUUUUCCAGGCAAGAGUAAAUUUUACUUUUAGUGGUUUUGACUUCAGGGGUGAUAAGUGCAGAAAAAGGUUAAAAUGUGUAUGAAGAUUGGUCUGAAAAAGCAUGCUCAGUAUGUUGCAGUAAAAUAAAGAGAUUAACCCUAAGGAAGAGAUGAGUUGUUGACCACGUUAAUGGGUAAUAGUAUCCUUCUGCUCUCCUCUCCAACGCAGUGUUUCAUAGAGGUUUUUAAAAGAUGGUAUCAACACCAAAGCAGACUGAACACAUUGAAGAAUGUUUGUGAAAUAUUAAAUACACAAAUAAAAUGACUGUCGUUCAAACUUA